AUGGCCGGUACCCGCACUAUCAGCGGGGAACCCCCGCGUUCCACCGCCUAUUAUUAUGCCGAUCUUGAGAAGAUUAAACGGCAAAAUGGCGGCCAAGCAAGACAAAAUGGCGCCCAAGAACAACAUGGUGGGCAAGAUAAGGAGCAAAAUUUAAACGAGCUCAGCGAAUAUGAUGAGACAAAUGAAGUUAUUAACGAUGGAGCAACGAAAGAUGUGCCGCCCUUGCGGGAUCGAUGGUCUCCGGAGUAUACAACUCCUGAAAAUGGAGUGAAGGUUGGGGAAACCUACUCCACAGCUGGGACAUUUCCAAUGCCAGAAUCUAAAGAGAAGGAACCGUUGCUAGCAGAAUUGGAGAUCGUUGGACGUGUUCCGUUGACCCAAUUGGACACUACUCCAGGAGUCAGGAGGAGCAGGAGUUGGUACUUGUGCUGUCCAAACGUAGGUGAUGAGGAGAUAUCAAGGGAAUCGUCCUGGAGGUACUCCAGCUUGAGGCCGGUGACUGCACCCCCUGUUCCUGGACAAAAUGGCUUUAAUAUGGUGGCAACCCAAAGCAGUGGUCGAGUGGAUGACCUCUCGACUCUCAGGGCGGAGCGAGACGCCCUCGCCCGAGCCCUCGCAGCAGAGAGACAACGUGCAGCAGCCGCCGCCCGAGCUCAUGAUGCGAGGCUGGCGGAGUUACAUGGUGUCAUCGCAGAGCUGGUCAGGCGACGGACUGCUGAUAAGCGGGCGAAGGCUAUACCUGAGGAAGAGGUUUCAGACGAAUGUGAAUCUACGACACAGCCCGCGGGCGAGCUGGAGCACGACGCGGACAUGUCACAGACAGAGCAUAAUGACAACUCUUCGCUUCUAAGUCCCGCUGAGCUGCCAACUCCUCAGGACUCGAAGGUGGAACCGCUACCAGACGACACCGACGUUAGCACCACUGAACAUAUCGGGCUGGAAACACCAAAGUUGGAAGUGUCGCCGCCUCAGGGCUCCGAGCAGUGCUCCAGCCUGGCGCUGUGCGAGCGGGACUCCGAGAUAUGCGUCAGUACUGCUAGAUGCUGCCAGUCCGCGCGCGCGGCGCACGGCGGCGGCAGCUGCGAGCGCGAGCGCGGCUCCCCCGGCCUGCUGCCGCCCUCGCCCGGUCGGUGCGAGUCCAGAGAGGCCAAGAUGGCGUCGCGCGUGCGGCUGCGGCGCGCCGGCGACGCCGCCAGCGACCACGUGUCUGAUGAGGAGGCGUGGUGCGCGGAGGCGGCGGAGCGGCUGGCGCUGGACGUGUGCGCGCAGGCGGGGCUGCGGGAGGCGCUCGUCGCCGCCGGGAACGACGAGGCGGCGGCGGCGCAGACGGCGGCGUGGCGCGCGCGCUGCCUGCGCCUGGCCGCCGACUGCCGCGUGCUGGACUGCGCCCUCGCGCGCGCCGUCGACACCGCGCACAGGUACAGC